AUGGACUUAAUAACACGCGGUAAGAAGCCAGAAGACCUUCCAGCCACACUCGAUUGGAAGCCAGAAUACAAUCAACAUUUGGGAGAAGGUCAGCCAGCAGUGGACGUAAACCGUCCAGACACGCUCGAUUGGAAACCAGAAUAUAAUCAACAUUGGGGACAAGGUCAGCCAGCAGGGGAUGUACACCGUCCAGACACACCCGAUUGGAAGCCAGAAUACAAUCAACAUUGGGGACAAGGUCAGCCAGCAGGGGAUGUACGCCGUCCAGACACACUCGAUUGGAAACCAGAAUACAAUCAACAUUGGGAAGGCAGGCCGCCAAUGAAAGAUGAAUACCGUCCAGGUAGACCAGGGUGGAGGCCAGAAUACGACCAACAUUGGGAAGGCAGGCCGCCAAUGAAAGAUGAAUACCGUCCAGAUAAACCAGAGAAGAAGCCAGAACAAAAUGAUGAAUUGGAUAAGAAAACUUCUGAAAAACCAGAUUCGCUGUUUGAAAAUAUCCAUGCUUUAGGGGGCAAAAUACUGCCCGUGCUUUCGGAACUCAAAAAAUUCCAUUCCAAACUUGAUUGA